AGCCUGCUGCGCAACUACUCACGUCUGGUUGUUUACAAUCUCUCUGCCUAAACAUGGCCGUUGACAAACUCAGUCAUGGCAGUUAGAACUCAAUAACUCUUGAUUUUUUUUAAUUUACAAGUCUUAAUUUGCCACACAAGCUACUGUGCAAAUAUACUUUUAACCGACGUUUUUACCGCGUUGCUGCUUUGGCUCUCAUCUCAUCUUUCUGUGACUCGUUAGCCGCCGAAGCUAGGUUGCGAGCUAACUUCUCCAUAGGGGACAAUGACAGCGACUUCUGCAGGUAGCAGCAGCUUCCUCCCCGCUAAAGGACUGGACAUAAGUCUGGCCGCCCUGCAGCGACAAGACCCAUACAUCAAUAACAUCGUGGACGUGGCCAGCCAAGUGGCCCUGUAUACUUACAACAACAGGGCAAAUGAGUGGGAAAAGACAGAGGUGGAAGGCACCCUCUUUAUCUACACAAGACUGGCAUCUCCCAGGCAUGGUUUCACCAUUAUGAAUAGACUUAACAUGGAGAACUUGACAGAGCCGAUCACCAAAGACCUGGACUUUCAGCUCCAGCACCCCUUCCUGCUUUACCGCAAUGCGCGAUUGGUUAUCCAUGGGAUUUGGUUCUACGAUAAGGAGGACUGUCAACGCAUUGCCCAGAGGAUGAAAAUCCUGACCCAGCAGGAGCAGGCCCUGGCUCAGUCUCAGGGUGGAUGGUUGUCCCCAGGAGGGGGAGGUGUAGUCGGAGGAGUAGUCGGAGGAGGACGAGGAGUAAUCAGAGGAGGAGGAAGAGGAGGAGGAGGAGGAGGAGUUGUUGGAAGAGGAAGAAGAGGAGAAAGUGAUGCAAAGGCAGUGGACAUCAUCCAGAUGUUGACCAAAGCACGCACAGAGUAUGACAAGGGACAGUCUACAUCAGAGCCAAAGGAGAUUGGUGGCAGCAGUGUUCUUUGUGGAAACCCCAACCUGAUCAAACCAAUACCCGUUAAACCAAACGCACAGGACAGUGAAGGUGGUGAACCUAGGCCUCUCUCUCUUGCCACUCUUUUUGGCUCCCAACAUCAACACUCAUCCAAACCUGACCCAAUCUCUCCUUUGGGGUCGUCGUCAUCGGGAAAAGUCACUCGUCCGCCCGUAGCCCGAACGCUGACAUAUGAGGAUACGGUGAACUCUAGAAGUUUGACCUCCAAGGGAGGGAACGUCGCCAUGGCUGACUGUUCAGAUAGAGGGCUCAGGGCUGUGAUUGGAGGACAAACUAUCAGGGAAGAUGGUGCUGUUGUGGCCUUACUGCCGAGUCCCACUAGCACCUAUCAUCAGCAGCAGCAGCAGCAGCCUCAGCACUGUGCAGCCAUCCAGAAGCUCAUGCAGGGACAGAGAGGGGUUUCUGGAGGAGGGGUGCUUCAGACCUUGUCCGAGUCCCCUGAGAACAGGCUGUGUGACAAUGGGGUGCCACUGGAGCAUCACCACCAUCACCAUCUGUUCCAUCAUCAUCAGCAGCACCACCACCAUCAUCAUCAUCAACAGCAACAGCUUCAACCUGACCCAAUCAAGAGACUUUUCCAAACCCAGCCACCUCCUCCCUCUUUCACCUCUGCUCCUUCACUGUGUUGCCCCAACCCUCCUCCUCUGCAGCAGAUCACCCAUCUCCCCUCCCAACCCAUAAUGGUGGAUUCUGUGUCAUGUGCCCACCUCCAAGCGCAACAAAGCCAGCAGCUGUUUUUCAGCCUAUCUAAAUCUCAACCAGAGGCACAGCAGAACAGCCAGUCAGCUUCAGGUUUGCUGCCAUCUCAGGUGACCAAUGACCAAGUCUUUCAAUUUCCACAAGGUCUGUCUUCCCAGAUGCCUGGUGUGGUGUCGCCUCAUGAGCUCCUGCAAAAGCUCCAACUGGUCCAGCAAGAGCAAAACCUGGCUUCCCAUGAUUCACCUCGACUCUGUCCAGGACUGGCUCCUCGAUUUCUGGGGCCCACUCAAGGUGCAUGCUCAGUCCCAAACCAAACCACAGCCACUGCAGGACAAAAGGCUGCGCUGCAGUUUCAGGUCAUCUCCCCCCAGCGAAUACCAGCCACUGUGGCCCCCAACCUGCUCCUCUCUCCCAGUGUGUUCACUCAGGCAAAGAUUAUUGGCGGGCUGUCAGUUGCCCAGGGGAGUGGCUCUGCCCCCUCAACCCUGUCCAGACCCCUGCUGCAGGAGGAGAUCAGAAUCCUGUCCAGAAGCCAGCUACAAGCCACACUGCUGCAUCUGAUCCAGACUGACAGCUCAUUCCUGGACAACAUCUAUGAAGCCUACGUCAGCCGCGUUGCUAACGACUCCAGCAGCAAGUACUGAUGACUCCUCACACCCUCUGUCUAUACAUACAUCAUUCUUACACUUAAUAUGGAUGUACCACUUCCUCCUCCGAAAUCCCCACUGCAAUCACUCUCACUAUGCACUGUACAGCAAGUCAGCCCAGCUCUAUUCAAUCCAAACCAAGUUUCUCUGGUUGCAACAAAAAGAGCAGUUAUCAAAAAUUAUAAAGGUUUGUUUCCGUAUCAGAAACGCACAACAUCCCCCCC